AUGGUGAAAGCUGUGAACGUUGCCGUCAUCGGAACCGGUGUUGUCGGCUCUGCCUUCCUCAACCAAUUGAGAGCACUCAAGUCUCAGAUUACCUACAACGUUAUCCUCAUUGCAAGAGUCACGAACUCUGUGAUUUCAGCUGACUACUCGCCAAUUGACUUGACCAAUUGGAAGGAGCUGACGGACGAGUCGGCACAGAAGAACCUGUCGAUGGAUGAGCUGGUGGAUUUCUUGAAGAAGUCUCCGCUGCCAACCAUCUUGGUGGAUAACACCUCUGAUGCCACCAUCGCCUCCUCCUACACAAAGUUUGUCUCCAACGGUAUCUCCAUCGCUACUCCAAAUAAGAAGGCUUUCUCCUCUGAUUUGAAGUCCUGGAACGAGCUGUUCCAGGCCUCUGAGAACAACGGUGGGUUGGUGUACCAUGAGGCCACCGUCGGUGCUGGUUUGCCAAUCAUUGGUACCGUCAACGACCUGGUCAUCACCGGUGACAAGGUUGAAAAGAUUGAAGGUAUCUUCUCAGGUACGCUGUCAUACAUCUUCAACGAGUACUCCUCUCCAGAGACAAAGGACGUCAACUUCUCCGACAUCGUUUCAGUGGCAAAGUCCCUCGGCUACACCGAGCCUGAUCCAAGAGACGAUUUGAACGGGUUGGACGUUGCUAGAAAAGUCACCAUCCUUGCAAGACUCUCAGGUGCUUUGGUCGAGUCCCCAACCUCCUUCCCUGUUCAAUCUCUCAUUCCAAAGGACUUGGAGUCUGUCCAAUCCGCUGCUGAGUUCAUGGAGAAGUUGCCAAACUAUGACAAUGAGAUCCAGAAGUUGAAAGACGAGGCUGCUGCUGAGAACAAGGUGCUUAGAUUCGUCGGUAAAGUGGAUAUGCAAAAGAAUGAGGUGUCUGUUGGUAUCGAGAAGUACGACUACUCCCAUCCAUUUGCUUCGUUGAAGGGCUCUGACAACGUCAUCUCCAUCAAGACUGAACGUUACCAGAACCCAUUGAUCGUCCAGGGUGCAGGUGCUGGUGCUGAGGUCACUGCUGCUGGUGUCCUUGCCGAUGCCAUCAAGAUUGCUCAAAGAAUUGCCAAAUAG